AUGCACGUAAAUCACUUCGUCAAUAAAUACAGAGAAGGUAGCCAAACGGGAAAUUUGACAAUAAAAAAGAGGAAAGGGAGAAAAAAUGCUACAAGGUUUUCGUUCCUAGGAGCCAGCGCAAUAACUAAGAAUGAUUUAAGGGGAGGAAUAGAAAGCGAAAUACACAUACACGGACAGAAAAUACUAGCGUUGUACGUCUCGAUGUCGAUCUGCGUGCCUGUUCGAGCCCUUGCCCGCGCCCUUGGCAUCGCGAACUCUCCGAGCGUUCGCUUACCCGGUAUCGAAUUGGCGAAGAGAUUGAGAGAGCCGAGUGGCUGGACUUCCAUGGGCGAUGGCGGCGUUGCAUGCGUGCCUUCGCAACAUGUUAUGGAGCGCUUUACGAUUUCUGAGACUCUUUGCGGAGGCAACAAUGGCAAGUUCAAUUCAAAGUCGCUCAAAGUUACAGGGCGGAAGAUGAAGAUGAAAGUGAAAAGAGAGGAAAUUUCAAAGAAGACAGAGUCCGGGAAGGUUGAAUUGGGAGGUAAGAGCAGCAAAGAAUUUGAGAACGGUGAAGUUUGUGGAGACGAGACCCCAAAGGAGGAAAUAGAGGAAGGUGAAUUGGGCUCGUUGAAGUGGCCAAGAGUGGACGUGGAGAAUGGUGAGUUUGUCCCUGACAACCCACGAAGGUUUGCGAUAAAGAGUGAAAUUGAGAAAGGGGAGUGCCCAGAUGAGAAAUGGGUGAAAGGGGAACUAGAAAAGGGAGAAUUUGUUCCAGGAAUACGGCGGAAAGAACAUGCAGACAAAUGGGAGUUUAAUUCUGGCAGGUCCAGAAGGGAUGAUACUUUGGAGAAGUAUAGAAAAGGAGAGCCCGAGAAAGGAGAAUUUGGAUCCUGGAGAGGUUAUAAAUCUGAAAUUGAGAAAGGAGAGUUUAUCCCAGAAAGGUGGCAUAGAAGUGAAGUGGUCAGAGACAAAAUGCGUCGGGAUGAUCCAAUUAAGGACAAGGGAUGGAAAUGUGAGCGAGAGCGAACUCCUCCAUGUGGUAAGUAUGCAGUUGAUAAAGAGUCCAGUAGAACUGGAGGUCCUCACUUGAAAAGGUCCUCUAAGCGGGAAACUGGCCAAGAUAGAAAUCUGAGGUUGGGUUCGAAAAUUGUAGAUGAGGAAGGUACCUUCAAGACCGAACAUGGCAAUGGAAAGCAUCACGGAAGAGAAUACUCAGCUGGCAAUCGGUUGAAGCGGCAUGGUAAUGAUUCUGAAAGCACUGAUCGUAAAUAUUAUGGAGAAUAUGGUGAUUAUACAAGCUCCAAAAGCAGGAGACUUUCUGAUGAUGGUUGUCGCUCCACAUAUUCAGAGCACUAUUCACGCCGGUCUGUUGAGAGGCCUUACAGAAAUUCAUCUUCCUCGAGGAAUGCUGCCUCUGACAGGGUGGCUUAUGACAAGCAUGCCAGUCCCCGGCAUUCUGAUCCAUCGCCACGGGACCGACAUUCUGAGCGGUCUCCACGCGACCGAAGUCGGCAUUCUGACCACAGGGACCGGAGUCCAGUGUGUCGUGAGAGGUCACCACAUGAUAGAAGCCGUCAUUCUGAUCAUAAAAACCGAAGUCCUAGCUACUCUGAUCGAUCCCCACAUGAGCGAGGGAGAUAUCAUGACCGAAGGGAUCGGACUCCUAACUUCUUGGAACACUCCCCGCUUGAUAGGAGCAGGCCCAAUAGUCACCGGGAAACUAAUAGGAAAAGUGGAGGAAGUGAAAAGAGAUCGAGCCAUUAUGGGAAUAAAGGGCCUGAAAAGAAGCCUGAUCCGAAGGAUCCUCAUGGAAGAGAUUCUCAUAUAACAGGUAAAGAAUCUCAUGAUGGAACCCAUUUGGUUACUGGGAAUGGAUCAGUUGAGCAAAUUGCUGAGCAUCAAUCUCAUGUGGAAGAGCAGUCUCAAGAUCAAGGAGUCCAGUGUAAAGAGUCUCCUCAGGCCAAUGGCAGUAACGAAGAACUUCCAUCAAUGGAGGAGGACAUGGAUAUAUGCGACACACCACCACAUGUGCCAAUGAUACUGGAUUCAACAACAGGAAAAUGGAUGUAUCUUGAUCAUUUUGGUGUUGAACGUGGGCCUUCCAAACUGUGUGAUCUGAAGGCACUUAUGAAAGAAGGAGUUCUUGUAUCAGAUCAUUUGAUUAAGCACUUGGACAGUGACAGGUGGGUUACUGUUGAAAAUGCAGUUUCUCCCUCUGUGACUCUGAAUUAUCCUUCUAUUGUAUCAGACACUGUUACUCGGCUGGUGAACCCUCCUGAGGCUCCUGGUAAUCUGUUGGUAGAUGUUGGAGAAACUACUCAGUGUGGUAACCAGCUUGGUGAGGAAAUGUCAUCCACGUUGCUGCAACCAACAUUUUGCCCAGAUGACAGUUCAGUGUCUUCUGAGCCUUUAGAAGAUUUCCACAUUGAUGAAAGAGUUGGGGCGUUGUUGGAGGGCUAUAAUGUUAUUCCAGGGCAGGAACUUGAGACAGUUGGCGAAGCACUGCAACUGAAGUUAGAGAAUGGAGACUGGAAGAAAUGGGGAAAUUCUGAAGGCUUCACUUGGCAUUGUUUUCACUCUGGCGAACAGAAAGAAGUGCAUGAUCAAAAUACGGGCAAUGCGUACACUGAAUUUGCAGUGAUGGAAAGUAUAGAAGGGUCAGCCACUCCGUUUGAUAGGGAUGGUGCUGUUGACUAUAAUGACUCUAGUGAUUGGUUUGCUUGCGGUUGGUCAUGCAAGGGUGGGGAUUGGACGAGGCAAGAUGAAGCUGCCCAAGAUCGAUAUUGGAAGAAGAAGUUUGUCCUCAAUGAUGGCUAUCCCUUAUGCCAGAUGCCAAAAUCUGGAAUUGAAGAUCCUCGAUGGCAUCGGAAGGAUGAGUUGUACUAUCCUUCUCACAAUAGAAAGCUUGACCUCCCUCCAUGGGCCUUUUCCUUGGCAGAUGAUCUGAAUGAUUGUAAUGGUGUUAGUAGAUUGAAUCAGUUGAAGCCUGUUAUUGCAAGAGGAGUGAAAGGAACUAUGCUUCCUGUCAUUAGGAUAAAUGCAUGUGUGGUGAAGGACCAUGGCUCAUUUGUUUCCUUGCCCCGUACGAAAGUCAGAGGAAAGGACCGACACACUUCAAGUUCAGCUCGACCUAACUCUGGGAGUAAGCUGCAAGUCCUGGCAGAUAAAGGAAUAAUCCAGAAGAAUAGUAGUAGUUUGGGUUCCAAUCACCUCUGCAGCAGCUGGGCUUCUGAAGCAAAUAUCAAGAUCCAACAAGAGAUUAAUCGAACAUCUAGUGAUACUUCUGGAUCUUCUAUAAUAGAAUCAUCUGGUGCUUCACUAGAUAGAUGCACCAUUUCUCAUUCAUUCCACAACUUGCACCCGCAAUUUGUUGGCUUUACUCGAGGGAAGCUCCAUGAACUGAUCAUGAAAUCAUAUAAGAGUCGCGAAUUUGCUGCAGCUAUAAAUGAGGUUUUAGAUCUAUGGAUCAGUGAAAAACAGCCAAAGAAGGAAAUGGAAAAACACAUACACAAUUCAGGGAAGAGAGCCAGGUUGAUGGCUGAAGUAAGUGAAGAAGAUUAUGAUAUGGAGGAAGAAGCACCAGCAGCCCAGGAAGAAUGCACAUUUGAUGAUUUGUGGGGAGAGGCAAAUUUUUGCAAGGAUGAGAAUGCAAAUGCUGAGAAUGAGACUGGUAGCUGGGGUCUGCUGGAUGGUCAUAUUCUAGCAAGAGUCUUUCAUUUUCUCAGAACCGAUGUAAAAUCCCUUGUUUUUGCUGCUUUGGCUUGUAAGCGCUGGAGAAUAGUGCUCAAUUUUUACAAGGAUAUCUGCAGACAUGUUGAUUUAUCGUCUAUUGCCCAUUGUUGCAAUGACUCCAUGUUCUGGAAUUUCAUGAAUGGCUAUAAGAAAGAGAGGAUAACUUCAUUGGUUCUACGUGGUUGCACCAACAUCUCUUCUGGCAUGCUUGAAGAGAUUAUUAAGCUGUUUCCUUCUGUAUGCUACAUAGAUAUUAGAGGCUGUAGCCAGUUUGGUGAUUUGGCUGAUAAGUUUGCAAAUAUUCAUUGGGUCAGGAGCCGAGGUUUAAAUUCAAGAACAAGGAGUCUUAAACUCAUAAAUGAGAGAAGUUCAUCUCUUUUCAAAAGCCAUAAUGGAUUGGAUACUCAUGUGGAUGAUUCAAGUGGACUGAGAGAUUAUUUUGAAAGUUUGAAUAGGAGGGACUCAGCAAAUCAAUUAUUCCACAAAAGCUUGUAUAAACGUUCAAAAAUAUUUGAUGCUAGAAGGUCUUCAUCCAUCUUAUCUAGGGAUGCUCAUUUGAGGCGUUUGGCCAUCAAAAAAUCUGAAAAUAGUUAUAAAAGGAUGGAGGAGUUUCUGGCCUUGGGUUUGAAAGACAUAAUGAAGGAGAAUACAUAUGAAUUUUUUGUGCCCAAGGUUGCUGAAAUUGAGGAAAGAAUGAAGGAUGGUUACUAUGCUGCUCGUGGCUUGAGCUCUGUGAAAGAGGAUAUCAGUCGAAUGUGCAGGGAUGCAAUCAAAGCAAAAAAUCGUGGUGAUACUGGCGAUAUGAAUCGCAUUGUCACGUUAUUUAUUAGACUUGCCACUCAUUUGGAACAUAGUUUGAAACUUUCUCAUGGAAGAGAUGACUUAAUGAAGAAUUGGAAAGAUGAUUCAACUGGAGGGUUUGGCCCCCCUAUCUCAAAGUUUAAGAAGAAGCUCACCAAAGUGACAGAAAAGAAAACUAUUCGGAGUAAUGGCUCUUCCUAUCCUAAUGGUGGUUCUGAUUACGGAGAUUAUGUCUCUGACCGAGAAAUCAGAAGGCGUUUGUCCAGGUUGAAUAAGAAAUAUGCUGCCUCUGAGAGUGACACAUCUGAUGAAUUUGACAGAUCUUCUGAGGAAACCAAGACUGAUAGUGAUAGUACUGUCUCAGACACAGAGAGUGAUUCCGAUUUCCAAUCAGAAAGUCGAAUCGGGGAGUCAAGAGGGGAUGGAUACUUUAUUGAAGAUGAUGGGCUCGAUUCUCUGACUGACGAACGUGAAUGGGGUGCUCGAAUGACCAAGGGUAGCCUUGUUCCGCCUGUUACUAGAAAGUAUGAAGUAAUUGAUCGGUAUGUUAUUGUGGUGGAUGAGGAUGAAGUAAAAAGGAAGAUGCGGGUUUCAUUACCCGAUGACUAUGAAGAGAAGCUCAGUGCUCAGAGAAAUGGUACUGAUGAAUCCGAUAUGGAGAUUCCUGAAGUUAAGGACUACAAGCCUAGAAAACAGCUUGGACAUGAGGUGAUAGAACAAGAAGUUUAUGGCAUAGAUCCGUAUACUCAUAAUCUUCUUCUUGAUUCAAUGCCAGAGGGAUCAGAUUGGACUCUGCAAGAAAAACAUAGGUUUAUUGAAGAUGCUGUCCUUCGUGUUCUGAAUAAACAGGUCCAACACUUUACGGGCACUGGAAAUACCCCUAUGAUGUAUAAUCUGAAGCCUGUUAUAGAGGAAAUCUUAAAAAAUGCUGAUGAAGAUCAUGACACACGAACUGCACGAAUUUGUGAAUGUAUCCUAAAUGCAGUUAGCAGUCGCCCUGAGGAUAAUUAUGUUGCUUAUAGGAAGGGACUUGGUGUUGUUUGCAAUAAAGAAGGUGGUUUUAGUGGAGAUGAUUUCAUUGUGGAGUUUUUGGGCGAGAAUUGGUCUUACUGCACCUUCCUUUUGAAUUUUAAAAUGCCUAACCUAGUUGUCUUGCUGAAGGUUUAUCCUGCUUGGAAAUGGUUUGAGAAACAAGAUGGCAUCCGUUCUUUGCAAAAAAAUAGCAAAGAUCCUGCGCCAGAGUUCUAUAACAUUUAUCUUGAGAGGCCGAAGGGCGAUGCUGAUGGAUAUGAUUUAGUUGUUGUUGAUGCAAUGCACAAAGCAAACUAUGCGAGUCGAAUUUGUCACUCAUGUCGUCCUAAUUGUGAGGCAAAAGUUACUGCUGUGGAUGGUCAGUAUCAGAUUGGAAUAUAUGCUACACGUCGGAUUGAAUAUGGUGAAGAAAUCACGUUUGAUUACAAUUCUGUAACAGAGAGUAAAGAAGAAUAUGAAGCAUCAAUCUGUUUGUGUGGAAGCCAGGUUUGCCGUGGGAGCUAUUUGAAUCUGACAGGUGAAGGAGCCUUUCAGAAGGUUCUGAAGGAGUGGCACGGGAUACUUGAUCGACAUCACUUGUUGCUAGAGGCUUGUGAAUUAAAUUUUGUUUCUGAAGAAGAUUAUAUUGACUUGGGUAGGGCUGGUUUGGGAAGUUGUUUACUUGGCGGAUUGCCUGAUUGGUUGAUUGCGUACUCAGCCCGUUUGGUGAGAUUUAUAAAUUUUGAGCGAACUAAGCUUCCUGAUGAGAUUUUGAGGCAUAAUUUGGAAGAGAAGAGGAAAUACUUUGCUGAUAUCUCCAUUGAUGUUGAGAAAAACGAUGCUGAGGUGCAGGCUGAGGGCGUCUACAACCAAAGGCUUCAGAAUUUGGCUCUUACUCUUGACAAGGUCAGGUAUGUCAUGAGAAGUGUUUUUGAUGACCCAAAGAAAGCUCCACCCCCACUGGAGAGGCUGAGUCCUGAAGAAGCAAUUUCCUUUCUCUGGAAAGGGGAGGGUUCACUUGUAGAAGAACUCAUUCAGUGCAUUGCUCCUCAUGUGGAUGAUGUUUUGCUAACUGAUCUUAAAUCAAAGAUUCAUGCUCAUGAUCCAUCUGUUUCUGAUGAUGUCCAAAAGGAGCUUCGGAGAUCUUUAUUAUGGUUGAGGGAUGAGGUUCGGAACCUUCCGUGUUCAUAUAAGUGUAGGCAUGAUGCUGCUGCUGAUUUGAUUCACAUUUAUGCUCAUACAAAGAGCUUCUUUAGGGUGCAGGAGUACAAGGCUAUUAUUUCCUCACCAGUUUACAUUAGUCCUCUUGACCUGGGGCCCAAGUACAGUGAUAAGUUGGGGUCAGGUUUCCAGGAAUAUCAUAAAACAUAUGGUAAAAAUUAUUGUUUAGGGCAGCUGAUUUAUUGGCAUAACCAGACUAAUGGCGAGCCAGAUAGUAGUCUAGGCAGAGCUAGUAGGGGUUGUCUGUCAUUGCCAGAUAUUGGUUCCUUCUAUGCGAAGGUCCAGAAGCCAUCUCGACAUCGGGUUUAUGGUCCACGGACUGUGAGAUUCAUGUUAUCAAGAAUGGAAAAGCAGCCUCAGAGGCCAUGGCCUAAAGAUCGAAUUUGGUCAUUCAAGAAUUCACUAAACGUUUUUGGCAGCCCAAUGUUGGAUGCUGUUGUGCAUAAUUGUCCUCUGGACAAGGAGAUGGUUCAAUGGUUGAAGAACAGACCUGCAAUUUUUCAAGCCAUGUGGGAUAGAUAA